UAAAAAUUUAUUUUAAUGUUAUCAAGCUCAUAAAAAUCCUAAGUUUAUAAAAGAACUUCUUAUUUGACUGAAUCUGUCUCCAUACCCAAUACAGCCAGACCUUAAUCAUCCAUGACAACAACAUAUGAAAAGAAAGAACUUAGAAGGUACAUUUAAUUUCUAACUAGAUUUCCUACUGAAUGGGCUGAAUAAGUUGAUAAUAAAACAGAUAACAAGUUUCAUCAUGUCAUCAUUAAUUAAAGUAAAGUUGAACAUAAUCCUAAUUUGGCAUCUCCCAGUAAAAUUUUUGGAUUGACAGAAAGGUUAAAUUAUCAUUCUAUUUUAAUAGCCGACGAUAGAACACAUAAAAUGAUGACUUACUUUCAGUUUUCAGAAGAAAAAACUAAUCUUUAAGCAACUUAGGAAGUUGGUAAUUCAAUAGCACUCCUGUUGCUAAUCAGUCAUCAAAUACUCAAAGUAAAGCUUCAACAACUUAAAAACCAUAACCUACGUUAUCUAGAAAAAUAGAUCAAUCUGUCCCUCUUAGAGAUUUACUCGAAUUAUCAAAAUAAUUAGAUUAAGCUACACCAGAAUAGAUACAAUAAUUAUCUAAAGGAUAUGUUAACGAGCUCUUCUAAUUAUAAUAGACCAUUACAAGAUCAUUAAAAUAUGUUAAAAGAUGAG